AUGGCAGACGGGCAAGAAACCGACAAGAACAUCGAGAUAUGGAAGAUCAAGAAGCUGAUCAAGGCACUCGAGGCUGCCCAUGGAAACGGGACAAGCAUGAUCUCCCUCAUAAUGCCCCCUCGCGACCAGAUUGCUCGUGUGGCAAAGAUGCUCGGUGACGAAUACGGAACCGCCUCAAACAUCAAGAGCCGAGUCAACCGCCAGUCGGUCCUCGGCGCAAUCACCUCUGCCCAGCAGCGCCUCAAGCUCUACAGCAAAGUCCCUCCCAACGGCCUUGUCCUCUACACGGGCACUAUUGUCACUGAAGAAGGGAAGGAAAAAAAAGUCACCUUCGAUUUCGAGCCCUUUCGCGCCAUAAACUCGUCCCUCUACCUUUGUGACAACAAGUUCCACACCGAAGCCCUGAACGAGCUGUUGGAAUCGGACGACAAGUUCGGUUUCAUUAUCAUGGAUGGCAAUGGCACCCUCUUUGGUACCUUGAGUGGCAACACGCGUGAAAUCUUGCACAAGUUCACCGUCGACCUGCCUAAGAAGCACGGGCGUGGGGGCCAGUCGGCCUUGCGUUUUGCCCGGUUGAGAAUGGAGAAGCGCCACAACUACGUGAGGAAGACUGCUGAGCUGGCGACUCAAUUCUACAUCAAUGCCCAGACGAGCCAGCCCAAUGUGGCGGGGCUCAUCCUUGCUGGCUCGGCCGACUUCAAGACUGAGCUGAGCCAGUCGGACAUGUUUGACCCUCGACUGCAGGCCAAGAUUCUGAAUGUGGUGGACGUUUCGUACGGUGGGGAGAAUGGGUUCAAUCAGGCGAUUGAGCUCUCGGCUGAGAUCCUUUCGAACGUCAAGUUCAUACAGGAGAAGCGCCUGAUCGGGAAGUACUUUGAGGAGAUUAGUCAGGACACAGGCAAAUAUGUUUUCGGGGUGGAUGACACAAUGAAGGUUCUGGAGAUGGGGGCAGUCGAAACUUUAAUUGUCUGGGAAAAUCUAGACGUGACUAGAUACAUACUCAAGAACCCCACAACUGGAGAGAUUUUGAUUAAGAACCUGACCAAGGAGCAAGCGGCCGACCAGAAUAAUUUCCGGGAUGCUGCAACGAAUGCUGAGCUGGAGGUGCAGGAGGAUAUGCUGCUGCUCGAGUGGUUUGCGAAUGAGUACAGGAAGUUUGGGUGCACUCUCGAGUUUGUGACCAACAAGUCUCAGGAGGGCUCCCAGUUUUGCCGUGGGUUUGGGGGUAUUGGGGGGAUACUACGCUACCAGCUGGAUGUGAGGGCAUUUGAUGAGCUUUCGGAUGAUGUCGCUGAUGAACCUUACUUGAGGGAAACCGUGGAAGGCAUGACGAUGCUUUGCUUACUGAGGCUACUUGAUGAUCAAUGUCCGCUUACCGUUUUACUCAAAACUUAAAUAUGAUUAAGCUAUUUGUUUUCGUGAGUCAUUUGCAUUUGGACUGCAAUAUUAUAUUUCAGUGUGUGGGAAAUAAGCAGCGGAUAAGUUAAUCAGAUGCUUUUGCUGUGUUUAUUUGAAGCUGGGGAUGCUUUGUGGUAUUGAGAAUUUGAAACUACUUUGUUAUUGCUUUGGAUAUUUUCGAAUUAUUAUGGUGUGAUCUUAUUUUGUUGGAAUUUGCUAUAUUUAUUAGUGUGGAUUUGUCCUAUUUUUCUUGAGACUUCUGAUUAGCUAUGAACUAUUGUUAGAACGGAAAC